ACCUCCUCUGGCUCAGUCACACAGCUGCCUGGUAGGCGAGUGGAGGUGUUCAUCAGUGCUCCCUGGGAUUUCGCUCACGUGGCCCCAACCCCGCCUCCCUCCCCACCCCGCCUCCCUCCCCACCCCGCGAUGGCAGAAGAAACUCAACAGAGCAAAUUGGCCGCAGCAAAGAAAAAGUUAAAAGAAUAUUGGCAGAGAAACAGCCCUGGUGUUCCAGCAGGAGCAGAGAGGAACAGGAAAACAAAUGGCAGUGGCCCUGAGACAGCCACCUCUGGUGGUGGCCACUCACCUGGGGAUUCAGCACCAGGUGUCCAUGGGGAGGGCCCUACAUCAUCUGCUACCCUGAAGGAUCUGGAGAGCCCAUGCCAAGAACCAGCAGUAGUCCCAGACUCCAGGUCUGUAAAAAUCAGUCAACUGAAGAACACCAUCAAAUCUUUGGAGCAACAGAAGAAACAAGUGGAACAUCAGCUGGAAGAAGAAAAGGAAGCAAACAAUGAGAAACAGAAAGCCGAAAGGGAGCUAGAGGUUCAAAUCCAGAGAUUGAACACACAGAAAGGGAAACUAAAUAUGGACCUAUAUCAUACGAAACGUUCUCUCAAGUAUUUUGAAGAUGAGUCCAAGGGUCUGGCCAUUCGCCUGCAACAUUCAUUGCAGCGUAUAGCAGAGUUAGAGCGGGCUCUCUUUGCUGUCACCACCACACAGGAGAAGAAGGAGGACAGUACCUUGAGCCGCAGUAAAGCAGUUAUCGAGUGGCAGUUAGAGUGGUCCAUACAGGAGCAGGCACUGCUGAAUGCACACACUACAUGGUUGAAGGAGUCGCUUAAACAAAUCCGGCUAGAGAGAGAUGAAUAUGCUCAACAUAUAAAAGAAGAGAGGGCCCAGUGGCAGCAGAGGAUGAGGAAAAUGUCGCAGGAGGUUCACACAUUGAAGAAGGAGAAGUAUGAAACACAUCGGGGAGAGAAGCUGGAGAGGAGCUUGUCCAAACUCAAAAACCAGAUGGCUGAACCCCUGCUCCCGGAGCCUCCAGCAGUGCCCUCUGAGGUGGAGCUGCAGCACCUGAGGAAGGAGGUGAGAGUGGCAGCAGAACUCCAAGCCCAGGUGGACAACAAUAAGCGCAUGAGUGUCCUGAUAUUGGGGCAAAAGAAGAGGCUUCAGGAGCAGGAUGAGAGGCUUCGGGAGCAGGACGCGAGGCUUUGGGAGCAGGACGCGAGGCUUCAGGAGCAGGAUGAGAGGCUUCGGGAGCAGGACGCGAGGCCUCAGCAGCUGGCCGAGCCACAGAGUAGCUUCGAGGAGCUGAACAAGAACAAAAGUGCACUGCAGUUGGAGCGGCAAGUAGAGGAGCUGCAGGAGAAGCUUGGCGAGGAGUGCCUGGAAGCUGCCAGCCAGCAAAACCAGCCCCUACAGGCCCAGUUGAGCCUCAUGGCUCUCCCUGGGGAAGGAGAUGGAGGAGGACAUCUGGACAGUGAGGAGGAGGAGGCACCUCGGCCCAUGCCGAGCAACCCGGAGGACCUGGAGAGCUGGGAGGCCACGGUUGCAUUUUUCAACUCCGCUGGAGCCAAUGCCCAGGAGGAGCAGGCAUGGUUACAAGAGCAGGUGAAAGAGCAGAGGGUGUGCUGCCAGCGCAUGGCUCACCUGGUGGCCUCAGUCCAGAAGGAGCCAGAGGCAGCGGUCCCAGCCCCAGUGACUGGGGGCGACUCUGUGAGUGGGGAGACCCACCAGGCUAUGCAGGAGGUCAUGGAGAAGCUGGAGAGCGGCCUUAUGGACCUUCUGGAGGAGAAGGCGGACCUGAGGGAGCGAGUGGAGAAGCUAGAACUUUGAUUCAUCCAGUACUGGAAAGACAGAAGCCAUCAGAAAGUUCAUCGCCUUUGAACAGAGCCAGGGGGCAGUGCCAAAGAUGCGGCAACGGGAGGAGGACAUCAUCAGGCUGGUCCAGGACAAGGAAGAGAUGAAGGUGAAGCUGCUGGAGCUGCUGGAGACGAUGUUGCGGCUUGUGGUGACUACAACGAGGGACACAGCAAAUUCCCGGCCACUGCCCUGAAGCUUGCUGAUGACCCCGGUCCAGGAGCCCCAGCCCCCCAGGAGCUUGUGGGUGCUGACAAGCAUGGUGAUCUUUGUGAGGUGAGCCUCACUGACAGCGUGGAGCAACCAGGCUUGUGCAGCAACUCCCGUAUGCCAUUCUUUUGCUGGGCUUGGCUGCUGAGAAGAAGGAGAUAAACAUCACCAUCAUCAAAAAGCUGCUCAAGAAAUUUUAAAAAAGGAAAAAAAGUUAUGGGGUUCAUCUCCUACCCAAUUCAUUUACUUCACUUGAAUGUUAGAGCCACUCAUGAUUAUUUGUGUUUGUAAUUUAUAGUUUAAGUUUAUUUGUAAAAAGUUAAAGGAGAGUGGGUCUCUGUGGCUUUCACUGAUGUUCACUCUGGCAUCCUUCAGCAUUUUUCUUUUUUAGUUUCAUAACUGUAGGUCAUUAGCAUGCAUAUCGAGUUUGCCCUUACGUGGUGGGAGUUCAAAUACACAAAGACCCACUAUUUGCACAAAAUUAUUCUUGCUGGUUUGGAAUAGGCUGCCAUGCUUUUUUAAUGUUAUUGCAGCAUGUAUAUUCAUUACAGAAUUCAGAUAAAAUUUGCUUAUGUUCUGC